CUCUGCUCCGAAAACACAAACUACAGCAUCUCACAAUCAUGAAGACUCCAACCAUUUCCACUCUCGUAUUCUUUCUUGCUCUUGUCUUUUCGUCGUCGUGUGCAGCUUCUGCUGUCGGCGACGUCGAUGGCUUCCUUGAAUGUCUCAUGGAAGAAUUCCAGAACUAUACCUCCAUUUCUAGCUUUGUUUACACCCCAAUCAACUCAUCUUUCCCAUCUGUCCUAAAUUUUUCAAUUCGAAACAUGAGAUUUUCCUUAGAUUCCACUCCAAAACCGCAAGUGAUAAUAACCCCCGAACACGAGUACCAAAUCCCCCCUAUCAUCUACUGUGCCAAAGGAAAUCAAUUGCAAAUUAGAACUCGAGGUGGCGGCCAUGACUUUGAGGGGCGGUCUUAUGUUACUGAUGUCCCAUUUGUGAUCAUUGAUUUGCUCAAGCUUAGUGAAGUAACAGUUGAUGCUCGGCAGAAAACUGCAUGGGUUGGAGCUGGUGCAACCAUUGGCAUGUUAUACUAUAGGAUCGCGGAGAAAAGCCCAACACUAGCGUUUCCAGCCGGUUUUUCCCCAACGGUUGGAGUUGGCGGGCACUUCAGUGGAGGAGGCUAUGGCAUAUUGCUCAGAAAAUACGGCCUGGCUGCAGAUAAUGUUAUUGAUGCAAGAAUAGUAGACGCUAAUGGCAGGAUUCUCACCAGAAAAUCGAUGGGUGAGGACUUAUUCUGGGCCAUUAGGGGUGGUGGAGGCGCCAGUUUUGGUGUAAUUCUUGCAUGGAAAGUACGAUUGGUGGAUGUUCCAGAAACCGUCACAGUAUUCACAAUAGGCAGGACUUUGGAGCAAAAUGCCACUCAACUCAUUCACCGUUGGCAGUACGUUGCACCUAAAUUCGAACGGAAUUUAUUCCUCAGAAUCGUCGCAAGAAGGGCGAACGCCAGCGAGGAUGGAAGCAAGCUGACUAUUCGUGCUUCAUUUAACUCAGUUUUCCUUGGAAGAAUCGACAGGCUACUUGCGCUGAUGCAAAAAUAUUUUCCUGAAUUGGGCUUAGUAAGAGAAGACUGCACAGAAAUGAGUUGGAUCCAAGCGAUCCUGUAUAACGUCGGGCUGCCCAUAGAUUCACGUGAAGUUUUGUUGAACAGGACUCAGCCCGGUGUAAGAUACUACAAAGGAAAAUCGGAUUAUGUGCAGAAACCCAUUCCCAUAAGCGGGUUUGAAGGCAUAUGGAGACUGUUCUAUGAACCAGAAGGCAGGGAGGCAGAGAUCUUGUUGACCCCAUAUGGUGGAAAAAUGGCUGAAAUUCCUGAAUCUGCUAUCCCAUUUCCUCAUAGGGCUGGUAAUCUUUACAAGCUACAUCAUAUGGCGUACUGGAAGGCUGAAGACGCACAAAACGCCGACAAGUACAUAAAUUGGAUUAGAAGGCUUUACAGUUACGUGGCUCCUUAUGUUUCCCAGUCCCCCCGAGGAGCUUUCUUAUGUUAUAGAGAUCUUGACAUUGGAGUGAACAACAAUGAAGGCGUGGUAAGUAUUGAAACAGCAAGAGUUUGGGGCACCAAGUAUUUCAAGAACAAUUUUGAUCGAUUGGUUCAAGUAAAAACUCGGGUUGAUCCUGGACAUUUCUUUAGGGAAGAACAAAGCAUUCCCCCACGCCCACGGUGGACAGGCAAAGAUGACAUAUAAGAUUAUCAUGUGGUUCUGCAAACUUCUCUAUGUGCUUCCUUUAAUUUGAUUUCUUAUUGGUUUGUAUGGGAAUAAGACAUUGUGAUGUCUAUUUUUAGCAAUAAUUGAUGUUAUAGCAUAUGGUCCGAAUAAAUUUAAUUUGUAGAUGUGGUUUUCUAGACAUUGAAAGGAACUUGACAGCUACGGUUCGCUUGAAUCUUGUA